AAAAAUUACAUUUCCCAGAUUUAGUUGUCAAUUUUGAUUGAAGAUAGAAUUAGAUUUUAUGUAGCCUUUUUAAAUUGAUUUAAGCGUAAUUUAUCAAAAUGCUUAAAAUUCAACAAUCUUGUAUUGAUAUAUUUUCGUUGAUGUAAUGGAGCAAUCGAUGCCAAAGGGAAGACGAACUUUGAAAACUAAACACGAACACCUGAAAACAUCUACAUAUGCUACAUUUAUUUUAUUGACACUUCUCUUUGGAUUUUUGUUCCAAUGUCCUUUAGGAGAUCCUUGCAAGCACUUUAGGUCAAUUAAGGAACAGUAUUUAGCCUUGCAUACUGAUCAAGGGAAAGAAUAUCUUUGUGAAGCAUAUAAAUUAUUUAUUGAAGUGUUGAAAAAAGGAUUAGAAAUGUGUCAAUAUCUAUUUCGACUGUUCCUAGAUAUUUUAUAUCAACUUAAAAUUAAGAUUUACAAGGUAUUGGCACUGCUGGACCCGGAUGAUUUAUGUCACUAUGCGUGCUUCGGUACCUCGGAAUUUAAACCCAUGAAGAAAAUAAGAAACAAAUCAUCAAUGUGAACUGAAAGUCUACGUUUUUGUCUAAAAUCUUUUGUACACAAAUUUAUCGUCAUAAUACAACGAUUUAAAAGUA